UCCAAAGGUGCUUUUUAAUGUAUGGUGAGUGCACCACGGUGCGGCAUGUCUGGCCAAUUGAGCUAGCCGAAGGUGAAUUCCCUUCGAGCCCUCGCCGUCUCGAGACUACUUGAGAGCGAUGGAAACUGAAAAACUAUCUAUCUAUCUGUCUAUCUAUUUAUCCAUGAGAGAGAGAGCGCGAGAGAGCGAGAGAGGGAGAGAUCUUGGUUCCCCUCUUGUCCUCCUGGUGCUUGCAGUUGUUAUGUUUUUUGUCCUCUGGCCGCGCUGGCCAAUCCUGUGCCCCUCUCUUGUCCUACUCUUGUCUUCCUUGUGGGCUUCGACGGGCUUUGCAAGAUGGUUUGCCAAGUAUUGAAGCUUUUGUUAUUCAUGAAUGAAUGUGUAAAUAAACAGAAAAUACAAAGCGUUCCAAAGACAAACUGGCAGGAAAGAAGUCGCUCACCUAGGGAUGAAGCGAACAUAGCUGACUUUUGGUCAUCUCCAAAGGACUUGCAAUCAUGGCAGGACGAGGUGACCAAGCAUCGAAUAAAUUUCCAGGCACAGCUGGUUUUGCCAAAUGGGCAGCGCAGUCCAGGUGAUGCGCCGCUGGCUGUGGCUUUCUAUUUUUCGGGUCUUGGCCACGAGGCCAGGGACAUUCUCAAGAUGGAUUGGGGGUCCUUUGCUUCGUGCCCAUUCAUUCUUAUCGUUCCACAGCGACCAAGCGGAAGAUGGUGGUUCAUUGAUGAUGACGCAGCGUGGGGCUGGGUCGAGGGUGAGUUCUGCCAGGAGUUGGUUGAAGCCUUUGCUGCAUGGAUGAACAUGAUGAUUGACCACCCAAGAGUUGAUAAAAGGAGACUGGGCCUUUUUGGUUUCUCUGCUGGGGCGUACGCUGUACUGGAGAUGUUCGCAAGCGGUUUGGUGCCGAUUUCACGCCUUGCUGUGGGGGGACUCCAUGGUCAUGGGCAGCCAAAUGUGAAGCACAUCCCGCAAAAAAGGUCGGCCGGAGUUGUCGAGAAGUUUGAGAAGUUUCUCCAGCGUGUAGAGGGGCAUGCAGGUGCUGAACACAUUGAGGUUGUCCACGGGAAGACGGACAAGCAAUGCCCCUGGCUGGAUGCAAAGAAAAUUGUAGAUGCCCUGACGAAGAAGCAGCUUCAGCUUGGCUGCCCCAAGGUGAAACUGCGACUUCUCGAUGCACAUGAGCAGGACACAUUCUCCAAGAGAAACAAGACGCAUCACGACUACAUGAAGGCUGCCUUUAUGCGAAAAGAAUUCUUUAAGGGCUUCUUCGCGGACAAAGUUCCACACGGUGAGGCCAACAUGGCUUCACCAAAGAGGCCGCUGCCUUCAGCUUCGAUGCCUUCAGCUUCGACAUUGGAGGUUGCCAAAUUUACAGUGUCAACCAGCAUGGAUGGUUGGGAGGAGCAAGGCUUCCAGAUCUUCAGAAAAUCCGGCUUCGUGAUCAUCGAGGACGUGCUAGAUCACGUCCAAUGUUCUGAAGUUCUGGAAGAUUGCAGGCAGAUGGCCAAGGAGAUCGUUGCUCCACAAGGAGCAGGCAACAGAGGCAAGGGCCGCUACUCCUUUGGUGUCGCUUCCAGCACCGGCUCGAUUCUCCAUCGCGAAGCAAUUGCCAAGCACUUGCUCAAUGAAGGAGGACGGCUAUUGCAGCCUUUGUUGUCCCAGAUCUUCUUCGACGAAAGCGACCGGUUGUCAAGCUUCAGCUGCUAUUCUGGAGGCGGCGACUUCGUCCUCCCAGGAGUUGAAGAGUAUCAGCAUUUGCAUGCUGACAUGCAGGUGAAGAAGGACCUGGACAAGCAGAUGCCACCCCCUUUCCUCGCUAUCAACUUCGUGGUGCAGGACCUCACAGAGCUGAAUGGACCAAUGCGGAUUGUUCCAGGCAAGCGAGAGAGAGAUUGGCGCAACCAGAAAAAGGAACCAGAUCGGUGGCGCUGCUCUCGCCUUUGUCCUGUUCCCGCCGGCAGCGCUUUGGUCCGUGAUGUUCGAAUUCUACAUGGUGGGACACCGAACCUUUCUGAAGAGACGCGGUUCCUUCCGAGCGUUGAGUAUGUGUCGGCGUGGUUCAGAGCAACCCACCGCCCUGACAUGUUUCCGCCCAGAAGGUGCAUCCCACAAGAUGUUUUCGUUACACUUCAUUCUGAUGUUCAGCAGAUUUGUGAGGAGCUGGUUGCUGAGCCAGGAGACGACACCGAGGACAUGAGCCCAGAUGAUGACUGGCACAGCAAGGUUUGGCGAGGAGUCACCUUUUGGUGCACCUGAUCCAGUCUCUCGAACGUGGGAAAAGAACACUGAACAUUUCUGUGCCUGCUUUGUCAUUUGUGUAUUGAAAGUGACAAACCACACUGAGAGCUCUUGGUUGAAACUUGAAUCCUGAAGUGAAACGUGUCAAGCGGAGCAUGGUCUGCUUGAAAAACAAUCCGAA